CGUCAAAACAAUACGUGACGUUUACAAAUUUUUAUGUUCGGUGAUAUCGCGAUAGCUGUUGUUAAUCUGCGAAAAAUUCGCCACGCAGCAUGGGAGAUGCAUCGGUCGCAGAUACCGAAUCUAACAAACCUAGUCCUCAAAGCGAGGCGCCGUCCGAGACGGACCGGGCUCCUUUCGGCGGGCUGGAAUUUCAAGUUUCAGAAGUGGUAGAGAGGUUGGAAGCCGGAGUGAAUGCUCACGAGGCCGGCGAUGACGAGAGACGGAGGGAGCCGCGCAAAAUCAGCGCCGGGUUCUUCGAGCCGGAAGAGACUUCUAUGGAUGAGAUUUUGAAGCUUUUAGAGGAGUUGGUGUUGAAGACGGACCCUAGUUGCGAGAGCGCGGAGCCGCCGCUGCUGCCGACGGACGCUGUGACGCGGGCGGCGAUCCUGUCGCACAGCAUCUCGGCGCUGUUCGGGCGGCUGGAGCGCGGGCACGCCGCAAGGCUCGGAGCGCACAUCGCCAGCGAAACGUCGCGGUGGAUGGCGCACAUGUUCAGACUGGCAGACUACAGUGCCUACUACCAUCAAGAGCAGCUGGAAGGGCUGGUGCGAGUGACUCGAAUGCUGCUGCACUGUCGCUACCCGCGCUACCUCGAGGAUGGAGCGUUGGCGUUCGCGACGCGCCUCCCAUGCAUCUACAGCUGCGUGGCGUCUCCUCUCGGCGUCGUCCAACAUCUGUGCCGCCAGCUCGGGCUGCCUCUCGCCUGCGUGCGGCCCGUGCCCCAGCACCCGAGCGGACGCGGCAUGGACGUAUCUGCUCUUGAGCGACUCUGCGAAGAAGACUUAGCGGCCGAGCGCACACCGCUCCUAGUCCUGGGAGCCGCCGGGGCAGCCCCCCUCGGAGGCGGGGACGCCCUCGUAGCCUUAGCGAAUGCGUGCCGCCGUUGGGGGCUGUAUCUACACCUGCGGGGGCACAGCCUGGCGCUGCCCGCGGCGUUGCCUAGAGACGAAAGUUAUAGUAUAGCUGACUCCGUCACGCUCACGCCGGGGCCUUGGUUCGGUGUUCCCGGCCUCCCUACUGUCACAUUUUACAAAAUUCCAGAGCCUAUGACGGCAAAUGAUCAUUCCAAAGGUGUCAAUCCGGCGGGCAGUCGCGAGGGCGCGCUCGCGGCGCUCGGGGGGCUGACGGGUGCGGGGGGCGGUCCGGGGGGCGGGGCGGGGGGUGCGGGGCGCGCGGGGGCGCUGCCGCUGUGGGCCGCGCUGAGAGCGGCCGGGGCGAGAACGUUAACGAACCGACUCGCGACGGCUUUCCGUAAUGCGAGGACGGCCAGAGCUAUUGUGGCGGAGGCGGGGCUCAGCAUUCUGAGCGCAGAACCCGGCGGCGAUGAACCACCAACCGUAGAUCUAGUUGAGGCAAUAUCGCGGGCAUCAGCAUGCGUAACGUUUCAGUUUGCCCCCGAAGACUCGGAAAAGCCGCCGCCAUAUUACGACAAACUCAACUCUUGGCUCGGACAAGUGCUGCAGCGGGAGGCGGAUAUGAUCAGCAUAGAAGUGUGCGAGACCGAGAGCCACGGCGUGGUGCUGCGCUACUGCCCGCUGGAGGGUGCGGCGGGGGCGGGUGCGGGGGCGGGUGCGGGGGCGGGUGCGGGGCAGGGGGAGGGCGCGCUGGCCGCGCUGCCGGCGCUCCUCGACGCGCAGGUGCACGUGCUCCGAGCCACGGCGGCUCUCAGGGAGCCCUUCCUACAGCACGUGUCCGCGCUGCCGUGCCUGGUGGCGGCGCACGUGCCGGGCUGGGCGGGGCUGGGCGGCGUGCGCUACGUGCCGGCCGGCUGGGAGCACGCCGCGCCCGAGCGCCAGGACGCGCUCAACAGGCAACUAGUGGAAGCCCUGCGAGCGACGGACGGCGCCUUCAGCUGCGGCGAGGCCGCGGACGGGCGCGCCUGCGUGCGCUUCGGGAUGGUCACCGCCGACACCGACGUGCAGGAGCUGUUGGAACUGGUGCUGUUAGCUGGCAAGGAUGUAGAGGACUCAUCCAGGGAGCUGACCGACAUGACAGAGGUGCUUAAGAAGGGUAUCGAAGAGGCGGUAGCGGACCUGGAGCGCGAGAACGCCAACCGGCUGUGGCAGGAGGGGCUGCUGCGGCGGGUGCCUGUAGUGGGGCGCGUGGUGGACUGGUGGUCGCCCGCCGCCGUGCCGCCUCCCCCGGGGCGGAGGCUGCAUCUCCAACACGGGACCCUACAGCCCACCAGCGACAUCUACAGGUACGUCCAAAAGAAGGCGGAGUCGGAACCAGCGCGCGCACACUCACCGGCCAGGCAACCGGCUACCGAGCAGUAGGCAAGUUGGCACAUGUUGCCAACGUUCGAACAUGUUGCCAACGUUGGCACAUGGCUCACGAUGUAAAUCGGCUCGCGACCUUUAAACUCCAUCUAGACGGAUCAAGAACUUGCAUGCGACUUUCAACGAGCCGAUCGACUGAAUUCGUUGUACUCUGUAGAUAGCAAUGUAUCGGAUAUUGCAUACACAAGUUCUCGCGCCGUGUAAAUGGUGUUUGAGUGUUCAUAAGAAGUGGAGGAAAUUGUUAACAAACCGAUUUAUCUUUUAAUUCCCUAAUCCUGCUUUUUUGGGUUCCGUACCUCAAAAGGAAAAACGGAACCCUUAUAGGAUCACUCGUGCGUCUGGCUGUCCGUCUGUCACAGCCUAUUUUCUCCGAAACUACUGGACCAAUUAAUUUGAAAUUUGGUACACAUAUGUAAGUUUCUGACCCAAAGACGUAACGUAAACAAAUGAAUUUUAAUCAUGGGGGGCACUUUUGGGGGGUAAAUGAGAAAAUUAAAAGACAAAGUUUUGUAUACUAUAUCGUGUUACAUAUCAAAUGAAAGAACUCAUUUUGAGAAUCUCUAUAUAAUUUUUGGAUAAAGAGUUUAGAAGUUAUUCAGCAAAAUAGGCAAAAAAUGACCCCUUUAUCUCCGAAACUACUAAGUCUAAAAUUUUGAAAAAAAAUACACAAAAUAGUUCUUUACCUAAAAAUGCCAGGAAAACCUAUUAGAAAUCUACAGUCAAGCGUGAGUCGGAUUUGAGAACAGAAAUGCGGUUAGUAUGUUUUAGGGACACGGCCCCAGUGGUACGUGAAACGUGGAAUAAACAGCUAUUGCGAAGGCCGAAGGCCGAUAUCCGCGUAAGGCCGAAAGCCCGAAACGUCCCGAAGAGGCGCAGCUUUCUCUUCGGCUUUCGCUAUUAAAAUACUUUGGGAAUUGGGAAAAAAUGCACAAAGUUCGAGGUAUCGAGGUGAAAUUAAAACCAUAUACUCCCAGUCCCUGGAAGCUGUGAAAAAAAUCAAACUUCUAAGUUAACUUAAAAAAAAUAGGGCCGUUUAUGCCGCAAAAAACGUAUAUUUCGACACUGGAAUCAAAAUUUAUAGGGUAUUUCCCGUUGACCUAGAACUAUAAAAUUUAGCAAGUUAUAUCGUCAUACUACAAAUACUGGAAAAAAUCGAAAAACUUUAAAUUUGUAAAAAAUUAUAAUAAAAUAAGUUAGUACGGAACCGAGGUCCGACUCGCACUUGUCCGGUUUUUGAUUAACUAUACACACUUGAGAUUACGUCUGGAUAGCUUCAAUUUACAACUAAAUUAAUACUAUAAUUAUGUUCUAGCCGCCUACAGAACAAAAAUAACCAAGACAAAGGCAAUUUUGAUUUGAAAAAUAAAUAUUCAAUAUACAACAAAAUGUUUGUUGGCCUCUGGACGGCUAGAAGAUUUGUAGAAAAUUGUUUCCUUUUUCCUCCAUUUCUCUUGAACACUAUUUUUAGGCUACGCAACGCGACAAGUUAACAAUGUAUAAAAUAUAACAAUCGGUACGAAUGUAAAUCUUUAUUAAUUAGGUAUAUUUAAUUUCAUAGCUGUAAAUGAAUUGCUCCGUCGGUCGACCGAAGACCAAAGAUUGUCGCGAUAAUUUUUCGACUAAAAUGUAAUAUUCUGCUAAUUUUUAAGCAAUAAUUUUAUAGCACGAAUUGAAUAGGCAACCAAUUCAAAGCCCAGUGGCAUUACUUAAAGUAUUAUUUAAUUUGAAUGAAAUUAAGUAAAUCAUUAUUUAAAGCUGUCUAGCACUGGAAUUACAGUGCUCUAACUCUAACCUUAAUUAGGUACAUUACCUAAUUGUUUAACGAUUUUAACUUGAAUUAGGUACAUUACCUAAUUGUUCAACGAUUUUGACUUUUAACGUCGUGAUUUGGCAUUUUUGUGGUAAAACCGUUUGUAAUUGCGAAAUUCUUCUUGUUUACGUCGAUCGGUGACAUUCAAUAACUGUCAUGUUUGUUGUCAAAGAGUCUCCUUACCCGAUAAAAUAGUACCAGUAAAAAUCCGCAACAUGGCGACGGCCGAUUAAAAUCAUGUUAUGUUAUAAUCUUGACAUUAUUUUGAAAUCUUAUUAUUCUGUAAUUAUUUAAUUUUUAAAUUAUUAUUUUAUGUUCUUAUGACAUCCUUGUUUUGAAGAUCAUAAUAUGAAUUCUUGUAGAUUGACAUGCCUGCAAUUUAUAAUGUAAUCUGUAUUAUGAAAUAAAUGAAUCUAAAUCGAAAUCUAAUAUAAUUCAUGACAUACAAACAGACAAACAGGGCUUAUGACCAUCUGAAACGUAAACAAGGUGCCUAAGUGUCGCAGCUCUUAAAUGUGUUAAGGUACUGGCGACGUUCCUCCUACUGUGGUUAACGAGUACAUUAUUUAAUAAUAUGAUUGUAUUCUUUACCGCACCCGUGUAUAUUAAUAACAAUGGUGAGACUAAAUUAUUAUUUGUACAAAUUUAUGUUAUCAAUAACCUGUAUAAAAUAAAUAAUAUGAAAAUUUAUAA